GAAGGGAAGAUAGGUUUUUGUUAAGAUGGUGGAGAUGUAAGCACUAGGUAAGAGGAAGAGGAAGAGGAAGAGGAGAAUAAUAAUAAUAAUAAUUAAUAAAAGCUUAGGUGGGUGAAUGAAAGAAAAGAAGUUAGGGGCGCCGAUAGAUGCCAUGCGAGGGCUGGAGGCACACCCAUAGAAUACAACAUAACAUUCUUCUUUUUCUCUUCCAUUCCUUUCCUUUCAUUUCCUCUACUCAACACAAUGCUGCGUAAGCUCGUAUCAGGGCCACGCAAGCACAAACCUGGCACCGUCCCCGUUUACCUCAACGUCUAUGAUCUCACUCCAAUUAAUGGCUAUGCCUAUUGGCUUGGCCUUGGUGUCUACCAUUCCGGAGUUCAAGUUCAUGGUGUUGAAUAUGGUUUUGGUGCCCACGAGCACGACACGACGGGAAUUUUUGAAGUGCAACCCAAACACUGCCCUGGCUUCACUUUCAGAAAGUCGAUUUUCAUUGGAACAACGGAUCUGGGGCCCAAAGAUGUUAGGGUGUUCAUGGAGAAGCUCGCUCAAGAGUACUCUGGCAACACCUAUCAUCUCAUCUCCAAAAAUUGCAACCACUUCUGCAAUCAUGUUUGCCUCAAAUUAACGGCAAACUCAAUCCCUCGAUGGGUCAACCGUCUUGCUCGACUUGGUCUUCUUUGCAACUGUGUUCUCCCCCCUGGACUAAAUGACACAAAGGUUCCGCAAGUUACAUCAGAGAGGGUUCAGGAAGGAGAAAAGAGGAAAGUGAGAAGUCAGUCCUGCAGGUACGAGGGUUCCUCCAAUUCUUCAUUGCCUAGAGGUUCGGCAAUUAAAAGUAGUAGCCAAAGACAUUGUCUUCCUCCAUCUUCAUCUUUGAUUAAUGCUUCUUCGGCCUCAACCUUAACAGUGAAGUAAAGCUUUGAUUGAUAUAGGGGUUUAGAAUUGCGUAAGCAACCCAAGAUGAGCAAGGAAGAAAAUUGUUUGUUUGCUCUGUCUCUCUGUUCUGUUGUAUAUCUGUCUUAGUUUGUCAAUUAGCUGAGUGGUUGCUCUAUUUUGUCUCAUUUUGUUGUAACUUGCUGUCUUUAAAUCUACUGUUUUGUGCUUAUGUAUUCUUAAAUCUUGAUUAAUUACAUUAGUGGAUGCAGCAUA